AUGGAGUUUGUGGAGUAUAUCAAAUCACCGCGUACUGACAAUGUUUGACUCAAGCGCAGAGAGUUAGCCUAUCUAGAAGGAACUUUGUGCGUGACAGGACAUCACUUGAUCUUCUCUUCUAGAACAGAACAUAAGGAUGAGCUGAUUCUAUUGCACUCAGCAGUGGAACAUGUUGAGAAGAAAGUCAGCGGACAGCAGGGAAUAUUGGCAAUCCGUUGUAAAAACUUUGAUGUGGUUAAACUGAAGUUUAGCAACAUUGAAGAGGCAUUGAAUGUGGCUUCCUCUAUUGAAGUUCUCUCAACAGUUGAAAAUACAAAUUUGAGGUAUCCUUUCUUCUACCGACAUCUAAGAGCCAUUGAUGAAGACGGAUGGGAUAUAUUUAGUACAGAAAUGGAAUUCUUGAAACUCUCUUCAUUAACACAGGGCUGGAGAAUAAGUCAUGUGAAUAGUGGUUAUAAGGUAUGCCCAAGUUAUCCAGCAAGUGUUGUGGUACCUGCCAUGAUAUCAGAUGAUACUCUGAAAGCAUCUGCACAGUUUCGACAGUCAGGAAGGUUUCCUGUUCUUAGCUACUAUCACAAACGAAAUGGGGUUGUUCUUUUACGAUGUGGUCAACCAUUAACUGCUAUAGCAAGUAAAAGAAGUCGCGAAGAUGAGAAAUUGGUCAAUGCUACGUUAGGUGGAGAAUCUAAGGGAGUUAUUAUUGACACCAGAUCAUCAGCUGCCGCCAUGAACAGUAGAAGCAAAGGAGGAGGGGUGGAACCAGAAUCUCAUUACCCUCAGUGGAAGAGAGUUAAUCAAAGCAUCGAGAGAUACCCAGCACUCACUGAUAGUAUUGCAAAACUUCUUGAAGCCAGUAUGGAUCCAAACCUCAGCAUGAACUCAUGGCUGUCUAAACUGGAAGCAAGCUCAUGGUUGGAUUAUGUUCAAAGUGUUUUAUCUACAGCUUGUUUCAUAGCACAAUGCUUGGAUACACAAGGAACRACUGUGUUGGUACAUGGUGAUGCUGGAACAGAUGCGACAUUACAAGUGACAUCAUUAGCACAGGUUCUGUUGGACCCUCACUGUAGAACGACAAAAGGGUUUGAAGAGCUGAUUGACAGAGAAUGGCUGCGUGGAGGCCAUCCAUUCGCCGAGCGGUGCGUCAAAGUAGGCUUGUCUCCAAAUAGGUACAAGGGACAGGGGCCAGUUUUUCUUCUCUUCUUGGACUGUGUUUGGCAGAUUUACCAGCAGUUUCCAUGCUCUUUUGAAUUCAAUGACCGCUUUCUCAUCGCUCUUUUUGAACACGCAUAUUCCUCACAAUUCGGGACAUUUUUGUGCAAUAACGAGGGCGAGAGACAAGCAGCGAAGCUAAAAUCCAAGACAAUUUCGUUGUGGUCACAUCUGAACCAAGCAGAUAUCCUGAAGCCUCUGUUAAAUCCUAUGUACGAAGCAAACAGCUCUGUUCUUUGGCCGUCUGUAGCGUCUCAAAGUCUUGUUCUGUGGCCAGGUUUAUUUCUAAAAUGGAGAGAAUGUAACAAGAGUGAAGAUAUAUUAUGGGAAGAAGUACGAAGAAUACAAGCGAUUAACGUCGACUUGAAAAGCAAGGCUAUAUCGCUCAGAAGAGAAUAUGCCGAACUUCAAGCUAAAGUGCUAGGGGAGAAAAGAAAAUGGCAAGAAGAGCAAGAUAAAAGAGAGAACCAAGGCUCUUGAGGAACGAAGCGGCUUAAGUGUGGUCAGCUUCAUCUCGUACGCCCUUAGUUAGGAAUGUGAAAGAAGAUGUAUGGAUAAGUACUGCCAUCCUCUAGGGCAUUAGGGGAGACAUGUAAAUUGACCUUUCUCUCCGAGGUGUGACCAAGUAAUAGUUUCUCGUAGCAAAAUUAAUACCCUGUUUACGAGACAGGUGUCUGGAAUGAAGUAGUAGUAUCAACUUGAGACGCACUUGGUUUAACACCAGUUGUCAUAACUAUAACAUUAAAAAUAAUUAGAUAUGGCGGGCAAUAAUGACAAUUACUGUUCAGAUCAUAGAAGUGGGAAGGGUUAGAAAGGAUUGAAAUGAAAACGUGUAAGUAGGAAAGAUUAGGAUUAGACCAGUGGAUAAGCAGAUCAGAAAUAUCGUGCGCACAGACGAUUUUUAUUCACAAAGUUGCGAUGCAUCAAAAAAACAAACGGGUGAGCGUAGUGAAAGAGUGAGUUUUUGAUGCAUCGUAACGGGUGAAUGAAAAUUGUUUAAGCACUUCCAUGGCUUGAUGUUUUUAUUUCAUACAUACUGAGAUUUUUUUUCUUACUGACCGACACAUUUCAAAGAUUGGAAGCGGACGACUCCGAAAAUAAAUCGUUCGUCUAAUCAGAAUACUUUAUGAUAGUGCUUCACUGUAAAUCUCAGUAUGUAAGAAAUAAGAUAAGUUCUCUAUGUUGGUAUUCAAGGUAGAUCGGUAUCGCGGCUGUAGUUAGCUACAACAACAAGUACAGGAACAACGACAAUCUUUUUUCUUUGCGCUCCUUACAUUUGGCAAAUUAUAGGAGGGUUUACGAUAAAUAAACAAACAAAAAAAAUUAUGUCAAUUAAGAUAAUACUAUAAGAAAAUUCAAGACCUGACCUGGGAAUUCCGCGUCAAAUUGCGCGCGAAAACCGAUAUCGCACGAAUCGCGAAGCAAUGAGUUUGAUAUCGGUUUUCAAAUGAGCAUCAUUAUUGUUAAGGUAAUGAACACGCCUUACAAAUGAAGGGACUUAUAAUGAGAAAGAGAAUCCUUGGAAAUGCAUUUAGGAAUUUUUCUUUGCUUUACUAUGCCGCGGGGCCUUUUUUCGCUGAUUAUGAGAAGUAUGAACUCUGCAUUGGUUUGUGGAUACGAGCGAUGCGAAAAAGCCAUUUUGUGCGAUGACCCGAUUACAAAAGACCUUGAACGUUUUGUAAACGUAUUCUGAGAAAUGAUGCACAGAGUUCAAAUCCCAACCUUCCAAUAUAAUCAAUGAUUUGAUCGAGCGAUUUUUGGCUUUUAACUAUUGGGCUCGAGAUGGGAAUACCUUUUUACACUUGGCUGUAUGGUAGAAGACCCUAAGUAUGGUGACGUCGAAAGAAGAUUGCGGAGAUUAUGCCAUGUGUUGAGACUAUGAAGCUCAUCAUCGAUGCUGGUGGACUUGUCACUUCUGUGAAUAACGGAAUAACUUGACAGCAAGUUAUAAACCCAGCCCUGAAGGCCUGUAUAUGCUACGAGAGGUUUUAGAGGUCUUGUUUGAUGAAGGUAUGAUUAGCAAAGACAGGAAAACAGCCAUGGAUGUAGCUCAAACAGAUGAGGCACGCUUAAUAGCAUCCGAAGAACCAGACUAGAGUUAAAAUGCAUCGCCGCCAGAGCUGUACGAAAGUUUGGCUUGUCACAUGUUGGCUUAAUACUUAAAGAUGUUGAAAAUUAAUCAUUUCCCACAGAGAGAAACAAUGAGCGAGGACCUCCCUCCUUGCUUGCAUAGGUUUUCGAAUGCAUCGAUUUAUUGUCUAGAGACAGGUACGCAUGAUCACAAUGACGCUAGCACUUCUGCUUAAAUUUGACAAUUUUCAAAGAUAUAUUUAUUUAAUCAUUUAUUUAUUUAGUAGAUAAUUAAACAGGGCAUCACAUUUAGCAUAGCUAGUUUAAAGAGAGCCCUGCGAGACAAAAUUUGACAGUACAAAGCCACAUAAAAUUGACAGACAAAAAGUAAAACUCACUGAACAAAAUAUAUACGAAGUCUACAUAAACUAAUUAGAUCUGUUCAAAUAAUCGCUUACACUCAGUUUUAAAAGUUUCAAGGCUUUCUAGCGAUCUUAUUGCUUUGGGCAGAUAAUUAAAAGUGCACCCACCAUUACAUCUAGAACUGCCCUGAUAUUUAGUACUUUUGGCCAAAGGAAGACGAAUCAAAUCCCUAUGCCUGGUAUUCAUGUAUGAUAAUGUAUGAUAUUUCUUAGCUUGAGUAAAAUCACUUAAUAAGUAGGAAGCUAAGAUGCUAAACCGUUCAAAGAUUUGAAGACCAGCAAGCAUUUAAGAUAAUCUCUACGAGACUGAAGGCUUGGCCAACCAAGAAUACGAACAAUAUGUUUCACUCACAGCCCUAUUAAAGAUGAUGCUCGC